GCGAAGGAUGGAGCGGAGACUUUGGCUUCAGUGUAACUCGGAGCUCUGGCUCUAACCGACCGGGAUCGCCGUGCUCCAGCCCGGACCCCGGGCCUAGAGGACAGGAGCAGAUUAUAAUCUGAAGAGGCCCAGAUGUGGAGAGCUGAAGUAACUGGAGCCCCUCCACUUCAGAUAACAUCAUGUCUUACUAUAACGAUGAGCCUCGAUACACCAUUGAACAAAUUGAUCUUCUUCAGCGUCUCCGCCGAUCGGGAAUGACUAAACACGAAAUCAUUCAUGCACUUGAAACAAUGGAACGGCUCGACCAGGAGCAAAAUGAAAAGUUUGUUAGGCGGCCUAACUACAGCAGUAACUAUGGCAACAACGUUUCGGCAUCCUCUUCCACAGCUUCUGCUGCUACACAGACUCAAAGUCUAGCGCAAUCACCGUCACCUAGUAACAGCUACGACACAUCACCUCCACCCUACAAUGCAAGUCACACAGGGCGAGAAAGCACUGCAAAUGAGAGACUUGUUGCCAGUGGUACACUGUCUCCGCGGUACCAGAACAGUGGGAGUCAGAGAUCAUAUAGUUUUGACACAGGAGAUGAUGAUGCAGAUUUGGAGGAGAAAGUGGAAGAGUACAUGAGAAGGGACAGCAAUGCAGUAAAAGAGGAAAUCAAAGCAUUUUUAGCCAAUCGGAGGAUUUCUCAAGCUGUAGUGGGACAAGUCACAGGUAUUAGUCAAAGCUACAUAUCCCAGUGGCUGUUGCAGCAGGGUCUUGACAUGAGUGAACCUAAGAAGAGGGCAUUUUAUAGAUGGUAUCUUUUAGAAAAGAAUAGUCCAGGUGCUACUUUAAGUAUGAGACCAGUUUCAACCACAACAACAGAGGACCCUGAGUGGCGGUCAAACGUUAGCCCAGUGACAGGAAACUUCCGUCUCAGAAGGGGAAGUAGAUUUACCUGGCGAAAAGAAUGCCUCUCUGUUAUGGAAAGCUAUUUCGGUGAAAAUCAAUAUCCAGAUGAGGCAAAGCGUGAGGAAAUUGCAAAUGCCUGCAAUACAGUCAUACAGAAACCAGGUAAAAAGUUAUCAGAGUUUGAACGAGUUACCCCUCUGAAAGUGUAUAACUGGUUUGCCAAUCGUCGGAAGGAGAUGAAGAGAAGAGCAAAUAUAGAAGCAGCAAUCCUGGAGAGUCAUGGGAUUGAUGUUCAGAGUCCUGGUGGGCAUUCCAAUAGUGAUGACAUUGAGGGCAACGACUACUGUGAGCAAGAUGAAAAUACUUCCCAUAGUGACCAUCAGCAAGACCCCAUCUCAUUGGCUGUUGAAAUGGCAGCUGUCAAUCAUUCGGUCCUAGCUUUGGCCAGCCAGGGUGGAAGUGAGAUCAAGACAGAAGCAAUCGACGAUGAUUGAACGCGAGGUUUGUACACAUAACCAUCAUUUGUAUGCCCCAUCUAAUUGAGAUGGAUGACAGUGUAAGAGAUUACAGUAGCACCUACGUGGAAAUUUGGCGAAUUGUUAGAUCAACCUGGAGAAUUGACAUUCAAAAAAAAAUGAGCAAUCUGACCUGGAGUCGUGAACCUUGAACUUAAAAAAAAAUUGCACUAUUGAUUAAAACAAAGGUACAGUAUUACACUAUUCAUUCUGCCAGAUUUAAAGGAUACCCACUAUACUGUGGGCAGUGUAUUGCACUUAAAUUUGUAUCCUAUUUAAUUGUCUGGUUAUUUAAAAGACAAACAUGGGCUUCUCCCAGCUAGUAAUUUCUGUGAAAGACUGUUGAGUUAUGUGUAUAACAAAGACAGGUUUUAAGUCUAUAGUUUUGCAAGAUAUAUAUGUACAUAAAAUAUUAAUGCUAUCCUCAUCUUUCCAAUCCCUAUUUUGAGAUCUAAAGGGUAACAGAGUCUAGCCAGUGUAAAUGUCAUACUUGUAAGGUCUUCAAACAUCAUCCAGUUGCAUCCAAUUAUUGUAAAUAUUUUUUAAAAGCACUUUUUAAAAUAAAUUACUUUUUGUACUCUAGUAUGUUUUAGCGUAUGAAAGUAGCAGAUCAGUUGCAUACUUCAGAAAAUUAUAUCAGGUGCACAAUUACACUGCCCACAGAACAAUGGUAUCAGCAGUGCCCAUUUUGACCUCUUCAUUGACUGGAUUAGACCAGCUUCCAUUUGCAGCUAUCAGAAUAAAAAGAAAUGUAGUUUUGAAUAUGGUGUGUAAGGGGAGCAUCUGUUUUUUUUUCCUGUACAAAUUACAAGCAUUUAUGUAAUUUUGCUGUGAUUUUUUUUAAAGUAAUUAUUGAAAUA